CUCCAUCAUAACAUCCAGGGAGACCAGGGCGCCCUCUCCUUGACCGGGGACUACAAGCUCCAAGCGGGACAUGGAUCAGGCCGAAGCUCCAUCCAGCACCAUGGUGCUGGAGUUUAAGGAGGACACAGCGCUGACUGAGAAGAUGCGUCUCCGUGUGUCAUCUCUGCAGAGGUCCGGUCAGAAGCGUCAGGACGGUGAGCGUCUGCUUCUUCCCCAUGAGGCCGUCUACAGGCUGGACUUCCACAACCAGGAGUUGAUCUUCUCCCGCUGGAACGUGUCCAUCGGCGGCCACGGCCGAGUCACCAUCACGGGCAUCUCGCAGCACUGGACCCCCGACCUCACCCACCUCAUGACCCGGCAGCUUCUGGAGCCCAUUGGAACGUUUUGGCGCAACGCCGGCGACCCCGACGAGUCGCGACUGAAGUGUCUGGAAGCCGACAUGCAAGAGUUUGGCGAGAGGAUCGCGGAGCUGGCUAAAGUCAGGAAGGUCAUGUACUUCCUGUUUGCGUUCAAGGACGGUGCAGAGGCAGCAAAGCUGCGCUGCUCGGUGGCGUUUAGGGCUGAAAAUGACUCUUAGCUGUUAGCAUCCAGUAAGGAAACUUCUAGUUGCAAUUUUUUUUUUUUAAGUUGUUUAAAUGUGACUUGUGAUGACCGAAGAACACAAACUAAACAAAAUAAAAGUGAUGAAUGUUG